CACGUUGGCAACUGGCAACACAGAUAUUCGCUAUUCUCGGCGUAAUCGGACGACGUUUCUGUUGUAUUGUUUUAUCGCUCAAGAUAAAUUUUGGCGGUCUAUUUUUUUAAACUAGACUAGAAGACAAGUUUUGAAAAUGGCUAUCGGCGCAGGAAUGUCGUGUGUGAAAUAUCUGCUGUUUUGCUUCAAUCUUUUGUUCGCGAUCACCGGUCUUAUAAUCCUGAUUGUUGGCAUCAAAUCAGAGAUUAACUCUUCUCCGUACAUCAACCUCACUGAUGAGAACUUCUACACAUCAGGACCCAUUGUCCUGAUCAUAGUCGGAGUGAUUGUGUUCAUUGUGGCCUUCUUUGGAUGCUGUGGUGCUGUCAAAGAAAAUCACUGUAUGAUUGUCACUUUCUCGGUGUUCUUGCUGAUCAUCUUCGUGGCUGAGCUGGCCGUCGGCAUCGCAGGCUACAUGAGACACCAAGACUUGGAGAACUCUAUAGUAGAUCACCUCAACAAGACUAUCAAGGAGUACCCGACUAACAAGGACGUCGCCAAAACCUUCGACAUCGUGCAGACUGAUUUGCAAUGCUGCGGUAUCUAUGGUCCUGGUGACUGGGCUGCCAACAACAUCACGACCCUGCCCAGCACGUGCUGCUCAGGCCAAGAGAUCACCAGCGGAGUGGCUGCUCCAUGCACUGAGACCUCUGAACACUUCCACAAAGAUGGCUGCCUCAACAAACUCGUCGCUUACUUCAAGGAUAUCGCUAUGGUGCUUGGUGGUGUAGGCAUAGGAGUUGCUAUUGUGCAGCUGCUUGGAGUUAUAUUCGCUUGCUGUCUCGCUCGCUCCAUUCGUAGUCAAUACGAAACCGUAUAAAAACAUUUACGACGGUAUUUUCCAUAUUUUAUAUAGUUAGAUUUAAUAGCAGUGCCCAAUAUUUUCCCCAAAUACCUACAUUUUUUUUACAAAGUUGUGAUUAAGUACACUUUAAGAUGUCGAAUCUAUGUAUAUUUUGAAAUAAUUUAUUUUAUUAUUGUUACUACAGAUAUUUUGUUUAUUUUAUUUAAAGUAAGAUUUAAAUGUUAACAUACAAUCUUCGUACUGUGUAUACUUUGAUAUGCGUGUAGUUUUAAAACUUUGCCAUAUGUAUUUGCAAGUGAUGGAGUGAUAAAGCACAAUGCACAGAUUUUUCUUAAAAGUUCACAAUGAAGUGUGCUCAGUGUAGAAGACUGAUUUUUCGAAUAGAAAUGGAUACAUUACGCCAAAAACUUUAUCGGAACUUCCUACUUUUUAUACUUACCUAAAUCUCAAUUCAAUUUUGUAGUAGUGAAAUCAUUAUUGUACCCUUUACUAUUCAUAUGCAACCAAUGUAGAAGUGGUGCACAUUUAUUAUAUUACAUAAAAUAUUAUUCGAUUUGUACGAUUCGUUUGUUGAUUAGACGCAAUGUCGGGAACAUGCCGCGAUCUCUACGUGUGUUUGCCACUUCCUAAACAAAUCGCCUGAAUUAUUUAUAAGAAUAUUGCAUCUAAUUUAAAAACGGAAUAUUAGAUCUUUGUAACGUUUGGAAGUGUUUCUAGUUGAUGUAUAUUUAUAAUAAAAAACUGCAUUAUUCAAAACUGCGUUUUAAUCA